UUGCGAGAAACACAAAACAAAGCGAUUGUCCCGUUGCAACUUGCCCUAUACCGGGGUACAAGUCACCCACGCACAAUUCCAUCGCACAGGUACCUAGGCGCCUGAGGUACCCGAGUACCUGACCUAUUUUAGGGGUCCUGCCAACUCUUCCACCCUGCACGCCUUUCGCUCCCUUCUCCUCGUGCCCACCACCACCCGCGAGCAUACAUUCUCGAGACAUCGAGACAUCGAGACGUCCGAGUCGUCGAGCCGCCGCACUCUGUGCCAUCAUUCUUUACCUGCGCCACCGGACCUACCGGACGUCCUGAUCCUUUCGUCCUCCCGCACGUUUCUGUCAGCAUGGCGUCCGUCGCCUUUCGCCCCGACGUCGACAUCCCUGGCCAGGCUCGCCCUGCCGGUGGCUUCGGCAUCGACCAGAACGGCGAGUACCGCGAGAAUCUGAACCAGCGUCUCAUCUGCCCCGACUGCAACGAAGACCCCCCGAACCUCGUCGAGGAGUUCUCGUCGGGCGACAUGGUCUGCGCCUCGUGCGGCAUGGUCCUCGGCGACCGCAUCAUCGACACGCGAUCCGAGUGGCGUACUUUCGCCAACGAUGACCAAGGCAACGACGAUCCCUCCCGUGUCGGCGACAGCAUCAACCCCCUCCUCAACGGCUCCCAGCUCGAGACCAACAUCGCUUUCGGCGAGGGCAUGCGCUCGCGAGAGCUGCACCGCGCCCAGAACCGCUCUCAAAACGACAAGGCCACCAAGGGUCUAUUGUCUGCGUAUCGUGAGAUCAGCAACCUCUGCGAGGCCAUCGGCAUCCCGAAGGCCGUCCAGGAUUCGGCGAAGCACAUCUUCAAGCUGACCGAAGACAACAAGCUGUUCAAGGGAAAGCCGCAGGAGGCUGUCAUCGCCGGUUGCAUCUUCGUCGCCUGCCGCCAGGCCAAGGUGCCGAGAACGUUCCGCGAGGUGUACGCCUUGACCAAGGUGUCCAAGAAGGAGAUUGGCAGGACCUUCAAGCAGCUGGAGAAAUUCCUACAGAGCAACCGUGAGGCCAACACUACCGGCUCGUUCCUCAUGGUCGAGAACUACGAAUCGACCGGCACUACUAGUGCUACCGAGCUCUGCGCUCGCUACUGCAACAAUCUCUCCUUCAAGAAUCCCCAUCUCAUGGAGAAGAUCUCCAAGGUAUUGGCGGAGAAGAGUUCCUCAGUCAAGGACCUUGCGGGGCGAUCGCCGCUGUCCGUCGCCGCCGCCUGCAUCUACAUGGCGUCGCACCUCAUGGGCGAUCCGCGAACCUCCCGAGACAUCGCCGGUGUGGCAGGCGUUAGCGACGGCACUAUCAAGACAGCCUAUCGUUUCCUGUACCAGGCCCGCGAGAAUCUAGUCGAGAAAGAUUGGCUCACUUCGAAGGGCGCUGGACGCAUGGAUCGUCUUCCCGUCAACUAGGUGUUGAGGGAUUGAUGAUACCGAGGACGAUGACACGGCUAGGAACAGCCGAGGAAGAGGGGUUCGGGGUCGCCCCAGAGAAGAGGCCACACGCUGC